AUGGCUGGCGCCGGCCGCAAGGAACGCCAGGACUGGGCUUGCAGGAGCUGUACGACGAAGCGCGGCAAGCCGCUCAUCAACUUCGGGACCUCGCUCAAGUGCCAAGGGUGCAGGCUCCACAAGAAGGACGUGUACGGCGGGCCUGUGCCGCCGAAGGAGCCCUCGAUGCGGGCCCCAGCCAAGGGCAAGAAGCGGGCCCCGUGGACGGCCGAGGGCAAGCUCGAGGGCGAGCUCGCGGCCAUGCGGGCGGAGCUCGACGCUGCCAGGAAGAAGCUUCGUACGCAGGAGUCCGACCAGGGCGGGGCCGCGGCCAUGCACGUGGACGACGGCAAGUCAGGCGAGGACGCCUCGGCUGCGAGCGAGAUCAAGGUGUGCGAGGCAGGCCUGGCCACGCUCAAGGACGUGCAGCACGACUGGGCCACGGGCCCGCGGGAGGAUCUCAAGCGCAGGCUCGCCGCCGCCAAGGACAGGCUCUUCGCCGCCAAGCCGCUCCACGCGCGGGCGCAGGCGCAGCAGGUGGCCCUCCAGGCGGAGCAGUCGGCACUCCAGCAGCAGGUCCCAGUCGCGCCAGAGGAUCGUCCGCCUGGGCAGUCCAUGGAGCACGACGUCAUCAAGAACACGGGCGGCCUCACCCUCGGCGACCUGGCGCAGGCUCUCAGCGGUGCGCUGGCCGCUCACCCCGACGACACCAUGCAGACCGCGGGCGAUUUGCCGCAGCGGCUGGCCUCGGCGCUCGGCGGGCCCCUCCAGGAGCUCAUGCUGCGGCGGCAGCGCGAGCGGGCCGCCGCCACGGAGGCAGCGAGCGCCCCUCGCACCCCUGCAGCGUCCGUCGAGGGAGACGACGCCGCCGCCGCCGCGCAUGGCGCAGGCACUGCAGGCGGCGCCGCCCCUGCAGCCGCAGCGCCGCGCUGGGAUCCCGCCGCGAUGGAGCCCGAGAAGCUGCGGCAGACCAUGGCGGCGUUCUCACCAGGGCCAGCAGAGGAGACCAGCGACGCCAUGCUGGCGCGCGCCACGGAGCUGGCCGUCAGGGGCACUAUCACUACCAGCAACGUGACUUCCUGGGGUUCAUUGGCGCCGUGCCUAGAGACCCUCGAGUCGCACGUCGUUCUCGUCCAGGAGCAUCACCGACGGGACGAGGCGAAGCUCGCCGACCUGCAGCACGAGGUGCUGGAUCACGGGUUCGCGGGCAUCUGGGCGCCAGCAGUGGCAGGCCCCACCUCCGCGGAGGGCACUACGGGCGGCGUCGCGGUCUUGGCCCGCAAGAACAUCCCCGUCACGGCCCCGCCGCUGCUGCCCUCGGCGACACUGUGGCCAGGGCGACUGGUGGCCGCCCACGUGCACUGGGGAGUCCGUGGCGGCAUUGUCUUCGUGUCGGCCUACCUGGUCGACAGCGUUGGCAUGAACGACGUGAACCGAAGCAUCUUCGGCGCGCUCACUCGCUACCUCACGAAGCUCACGGCCUCGGGCAUCGAUUGGAUCGUCGGCGGCGACUUCAAUGGGCCUCCCAGCUGCCUGCCCCUGGCGCAGUUGGAAAAGGCGGGGGGCCUCUGGCUAGCGCCGUCGGCCGACACCUGCCGCCCACAGGCGGGCAGCGGCUCGGUGCUGGACUACUUUCUGGUCGGUGCAAACCUGGCCAGCCGCAUCUCGGCUCCGAGAGUGGAUGAGUUGGGCAUCACCUCCCCGCACCUCCCUGUCAACAUGGAGCUGCGUGCCGCCGACCUGGACAUGCGCGUGAGGAUCCCGAUCGCCCCCAGGGCGAUUCCAGCGGUGCCGCCCAUCGGCUGCAGCCGCGGUGUCGAGGACUGGGCGCCCACUUUGGCCCAGGUGCGCGCCACAACCAGCGCCGAGGAGCUGCCAGCAGCCUGGGACGCCGUCGUCAGCACCUUGGAGCAGGAGCUGUUGGACCGCUACGACCAGGUUGGCGAAGCGCGCAGGCGGUUCGAAGGACGUGCGGGGCCCAUUGCGACCAAGCUGGCGCCAGUCAAGUGGAAGCCGCAAGGGCAGCGUGUCCGAUUGGGGCCUGAUGUCAUCGCGGCCAAGGUCGCGGGCCGAUGGGCGCGUCACUUCAUGGGGGUCAGCGCGUUCCUCGCGAAGGCCAGCAGGAGGCUGCAAACCGCCAGCCUGCAGUGCUCCCUUGUCCCUGAGCAGUACCACGAGCUGGCGGACUUCGUCGUGAGGGCUUUGGAGUAUGGGCGCGUGGUUAUGGACAGCAAGAAGACGCUAGCACUGCUCCCGCAUUGGGUGAGGUCCUUCUUCGAGCAGGGCUUUCGCGUGAUCGGCAACACCGACUUCCUGGAGCAGGCGGGCCGCAUCGUCCAGUUCGCCAAGGACGCCCACGCGGACGCGCUCAAGGUCAGGCAGCAGAGCUGGAUCCAGUGGGCCAACGACAGCCUGCGGAACGGCGCUGGCAAGGCGCACCGCUUCACCAAGCUGCGGGCGAUGCAGGAGGUGCUGGCGCAAUGGCAGGGCACCCACACCGAGCUCACCACUGGACGGCUCGCCCAGACCUUCGUCCCGCAGCAGCAGGUCGCCAGCCAGCACCUGAUCUGCGACCGGGAGAUGAAGGCCUGGGAGGACGUCUGGUCGUGCCACAAGCUCGAGGCGCUGGAAAGGCCAGCUGACUUCGACGAAUGGGACGACCUCGAAGACCUCACCGUGGAGGCGCUGCAGCGGGCCGCCUGCAGCUUCCCCACCACCACGGCGCUCGGCCCAGCGCAGAUCGGCAUGCGCGCGCUCACCUUUCUCACGGACGACGGCGUUUACACCUGCGGCCAGCUCUUCAUGAAGUGCGAGGCGCUGGGGGCUUGGCCCAGCGAAAGGCUGUGGCACGCUAUGUGCCGCAUCCCCAAGGCCUCUGGCGGCUGCAGGCUGAUCACGCUGAUGCACUCGUUAAUCCGAUGGUGGUCGAGGGCUCGUGCCUCGACGUCCAAGGCGUGGCUGACGGCGCACCCCAAUGCCAGCAUUUGGGGCAUGGGCGGCGGCAGAUCGUCCUCCGACUCCGCCUUCGACCUCAACCUUGAGACGGAGGUAUCGGACUGCCUGGACGAGCACGUCGUCAUCGUCAUGCUGGACGCCUGGAAGUUCUUUGGGACGAUUAAGCCCGAGUGGCUACUCAUCGAGGCGCGGCUGCUGGGCAUGCCGCUGCGGUUGGUCUGGAUGUUGAUUGAGCUAUACAGGCAGCCGAGGCGGCUGCAAGCUUUCGGCUCGGUGUCCUACGCGGUCGUGUCACAUCAGGGCGUGCUCGCAGGAUGCACUCACGCCUGUGCCAUGGUCACCUUGCUCAUGUUCAGGCUGCUCGAGCAGGUGCGAGAUGCAGGCGUCACCCCGAGGGCCCUCAUCGACGACGUCACCUUGCAGUGGCGCGGGAGGCGGCUCUCGCAACUGGGCGUGCUUUGGGCGGCCACCACCAGGUUCCGAGAGGGCGCCCAAGAGCGAGGCAUUGUCGUGCAGCACACCAAGUCGGGCUACUUGGUCUCAUCGGACGCGGCUGCUCGCGAGUGUGCCCGACACGCGGCGGCCCGCAAGCUGACCAAGAUGCGCUGGGCCCGCAACCUGGGGCACGAUCUGGGCGGGCGCAGAAUCGCUAGGCUCCAGACGGCAAAGCGGGUGCGGCAGCUCAAGGAUACGGCGAUCAACCUCCUCACCACGUGCCCGAAGGACGUCAGGAUGCAUCUGACCGGCGGCGUGCAACGCUGGCAGGCGAGGCAGAUCGCGGCGCACCACCGCCAGCACGGCGAGGUCAAGCCUUGGGUGCGGGCCAUGCGGCUCUGCGUGGGCGACGGGCGCGCGGCUUUGGCGGAGGGCCCGUCGGCCACCAGCCUGCGUCACCACUGGGCGACGGUGGCCUGGACGCAACAGGCCCAGCACGACCUUGGGCUGGCGGCGGCGCCGAAUUGCAGGGCCUGCGGACAUCCGUCCGACUCGCCUGGGCACAGAUUUUUCGGCUGCGAGGUACUCGUGCAGCCGCUCACAGAGGAGGAGCAGGACGAGCAGCUGCCGCCCGAGCCGAUGCAGGCCAUCCGCACCUUCAUGUGCGACAAAGGCCUGCAGGAGGGCGGCAGCUUCGAGAGCGCCGACUUCCAAAUGUGCUUGCCCUGCAUGCCGCCAUUCGUGCCGCCCGCCGCGGAGCAGGCCGAGGUGAAGUUCUGGGGCUGCUGGCCUAGCCAAGGGGCGGACACGGCUUCCUGCAGCAACGCCGUCUUCACCGAUGGCUCAGCGCGGCCUGAAGUGAGAUGGAUCCCCGCGCAUCAGGACAUGGAUGCGUACUUGGACCGAGGCCUCCACCCGCUGCUGUACUCUGGCAACAUGUGGGCCGACUGGUUCGCUCGGCAAGGAGCCAUGCAGCACACCGUGUCGAAGGUGUACGAGGAGUUCUACAACAUCGAGCUGCAACACUACAAGAGCCUGGCAAAGUACGUCGGCUGGGCGAUGCAGAGGACGAUGCACGCAGGCCGCUGGGAUGCGCCCGAGCAGACAGCCCGCCCGCCAAAGGUGCCCAAGGUGCAGGCGGCGACUGUGAUCAGCCACUCCCUGGUUCGCCUGAACGGGACGGCGGUGGUGCUGUGCCGCGCUUGCUGCAGGCAGACCAGCGGGCAGACGGGGCCCACAUGGACGCAGUUCGCGCGUUCAGCUUGCGAGGCCAGCCAGUACACCGCGCUGCGGGCCGAGGCCAUCAUCGCGCACGUCGGCGCGCAGCCCAUUGUGGUCUCGGAGGCGGGCGAGUUCGCUAUGCAGGCGAUCGAGCGAGCGGCGUGCCCCGAAGAUGCGGGGCCCAGGCCAGCCGAGCCUGCCCCCUGGGGCUCAGGGGACGGCACCAUCGAGAUGCAGGGGCACAGGCUGAGGCGCGCAGGGCCCACCAUCUACUGCGAGGUAUGCGUGGCGUGGGCGGCGACAGGCUCCUCACUGGCCCUGGCUGCGCCCUGCGCUGGCCCGCCCAGCGCCGAGGGCAAGAACCAGCGCACCUACCUGUCCAACCUCAGGGCGCGGCUCAAGAAGCUCAGCCAAGGGCUGCACCCCAAGACAGGAAAGGUGCUCACUUGGGGAGGUGCAGGCGAGGCUCCAGACGGCCCCAGAACAUGGGCCACAGCGGCGGCCAGCGCGGCCGCGGGCGACAUGGCCUCUGGGGGCGACGGCGCUGCAGAGCGGCCAAGCGGCAGGCACGCGCAGAAGGAACAGGGCGAGGCGACCAGGCCUGGCCAGGACCACGAGACGCGCGAGGUGCCUGCAGGGGCUGGAGGGUCCGACGCAGUCCAGACCAAGAAGCCUGCUUGGCGGGUGCGACGGCAGGAGCUCCUGGAACGGAUGCAGCGAAGGCAGCAGCAUCUGCUAGCCGAACGUGGUCCAGCAGCCGCCAGCGGCGCGCAGCGUGAUGAGGGAGACAUGGCCGACGGCAGCUUGCCCUCGGCCUAUGGAGCGCACCAAUGCCCCGACGGGGGCACCACUGGACUGGUGACGCUCCAGCCGCCGCCAGCUGCCCCAGACGUGGGGGUGGUCGAUGCCUGUCUGGCGGCGGGGCCGUCGCGGCUGCCUGCGCCCUUGAGGUGUGACCUGGCACACGAGGUGACGCUGACCACGGACCACCUGGAGGGCGCCGUGACCAGCCCUCAGGACAUGAGCAGCCCGCCGCAGCCGUUCUCGACUACCGAUAUGGCCAGCACCAGGGGUGGCAGGGGACCUGCAAAGUGCGGUCGCGAGUGCGGCCCCGCCCUGAGUGCUGGCAGGUCUGACAACUCGCAGCGGGCGCUGCCAGGCAUGGCCAGUGACAAGGGUGGCAGGAGGCCUGCAAGCCGCGACCCUGAGUGCGGCCCCACCUUGGGCACUGGCGGCGACGGCAGCCAGGCCCACCGCGUGCGGCGACGAUUUACGGCCUGGGCCAGGGGUGGCAGGGGACCUGCAAUGUGCGUGCGUGAGUGCGGCCCCGCCCUGAGCCCAGGAUGCGACGAGGACCGCGACGGCAAGGGUAUGGCCAGCGCCAGGGGUGGCAGGGGACCUGCAAAGUGCAGUCCUGUGUGCGGCCCCGCCCUGGGCACUGGCAGCGGGUCUCUGGAAGCGGCGUCGCCUGAGGAGGACCAGCGGCAGCCGCAGCUGGCUUCUGGGGGGGCGUGUCCGCGUGCAGCUACGGCUGGUGCCAGGGGUGGCAGGGGACCUGCAGUCUGCGGUCCUGAGUGCGGCCCCGCCCUGAGCACCAGCACCCACCCCGAGCGGCGACGGAUUACGGCCUGGGCCAGGGGUGGCAGGGGACCUGCAAUGUGCGUGCGUGAGUGCGGCCCCGCCCUGAGCCCAGGAAGCGACGCGGACCGCGACGGCAUGUGCAUGGCCAGCACCAGGGGUGGCAGGGGACCUGCAAGUGCCGACCGUGUGUGCGGCCCCGCCCUGAGUGCUGGCAGAGUUGCGGUGGCUCGGCCUGAGCCAGCGCAGCCGAGGCGCAGCGUCGCGCCCAGGCUUGAGCUGCAGGUCGCUGGAUGGGCGCGGUACUGGACCCAGGCUCCCGAGGUCGGCGAGACGAUGGAGUGCCACAGCGAGUGGCUCGACCACUGCGUCGGCUACGUCACGCAGAUCCUGUCCCAGCCGCGCUUCGCCACCAGGCUGCGGGCGCGUGGGAGGACGGCCGAGGAGAUGGCCGAGGAGAUCUGCGAGCGGGCCUGGGGGACUGGCAUGCCCGCGAGGCGGGCCUACUACAGGUGGCGCCACACGCUGACGCGGUCGCAGAGGAUCGUGUCGGACUGCAUGCGGCGCUACGACUACGUGUGCCUGCGGACGUGGCUGGCCGAGCUGCGCGCGCCGCCCUUCGCGUCCGUCGACGUGAUCGGCAUCACUGGCCUCCCCUGA